AUGAGUUCAAAAACAAACCACGACCCAAAAGCCUCAGCUGAUUUUUACUGUUAUUUUCUGGUCUUAACAGUGGCUAUCACCAAAAAGUCCAGAGUUCCCGGAGUUACAAUCACUCAGUAUGUUGAGCAGCUGCCUUUAGGAAAGUCAACACCUGACUUCGCACGGAAGCCAAUGGCAACAACGGCUCAAGAGGGUAAGAAAGGAAUGUUCAAAGCUAUGGUUAGUGGAGAACCGACACCAACUGUAACAUGGGGGCGUAACAAAGGUGACGUUGAUGACCCAAAGAAGUACAUCACCAGAUGUGAUGCAAGAGCCAAAGAGCACAUUUUAGAGAUACUCAAUGUAAAACAAGAGGAUGCUGACACCUACAAAUGCUUUGCCACCAACGAGUACGGACAGGCUGUCGCCACUGCAACGCUCUCUGUUACAGAAGCUGGCAUCAAAAAGAAAGCCCAUGAAGCCAAUGGACAAGCACAAGAUUUCAGAAAAAUGCUAAAGAAGACUGUUGUUGUCACCAGAAAAAAACAACUCCCACCACAAAAAGACGGAGAAAUUGACCCUAAACUCUGGGAGCUGCUUAUCUCUGCCCCAAAGAAGGACUACGAAAAAAUCUGUUUUGAAUUUGGUAUUACCGACUUUCGCUGGAUGCUGAAGAGACUCAACCAGAUGAAGAAGGAAAGGGAGGAUGAGCAGGCAAAGGUUGUAGAGCAACUGGAAAAUGUGAAACAAAUAGAAGUGAAACCCAGUGGAAGAGCUGAAUUUGGCUUCGACAUGAAACUACAUGAUCCCAACAGUGCCAUUAACUUAUUCAAGGACGGGACAAUGGUUCCAUAUGAUGAGGAUGAAAAUUCAAAGCACAGCCUAAAGAAAUCAGGGACAAAUUAUCUUUUCAGCAUCAAAGAUCCUCAGCCAGAAGACGCUGGAUUUUACCAGGUUGAUGUUGAAGAGGCAAAUGUCCUUACAACUGACUUUAGAGUGCCUGCUGUGGAGUUCAUAGCCAAGAUCAAGGAUGUGAAGGCCUUUGAAAGUGAGGACGCCGUCUUUCAGUGUGUCUUGUCAACACCCCUCAACAGAAUAACGUGGUCCACACAGGACUCGUCACUUGAACAUGGGGACAAAUAUGAGAUCACUGUCUCAGAGGACAAACUAAUUCACACACUGAGAGUUAAAGACUGUAAAAUGGCAGAUAACGGAGCAUAUUAUGCCAUCGCUGGGAUAACAUCCAGCAGUGCCUCUCUCAAAGUGGAAGACCUGACUAAAUUGGCUCUGGCACAACAGGCCAAGCUACAGAAAGAGAAGGAAGACUUGGAGGCAGCCAGACGAGCUCAGGCUGAAAAGGACGCUGCACUGGGGGAUGGAGGGGAUGGGGGAGAUGGGGGAGAUGGGGGAGAUGGAAAGGAUGGUUCUGGUGAUGGUUCUGGUAGCAAGACUGAUGGAGACGAGGGUGAUGGAGACGGCAAGAAUAAGAACCUCCUGACAGAUGGAGAUAAUGAAAAUAAAGAUGGUGAUGCGGAUGAUAAGAAAAAGAAGCGUGCACGAAGUGGUCCUUUGGUUCCAGACUCGGUUAUAGAUCGUGGUGUUCAGUUUGUCAGUGGGCUGUCAGAUACUGUUGCUAAUGUUGGUGAACGGGCUGAGCUGUCUUGCAAACUAAGCAAUGAGACCUCUGAGGGACGCUGGUAUAAAAAUGGGAAGCUGCUUACCAAUGGGGACGGGGUAACAAUUAUCAAAGAUGGAGCCUGUCACAGGUUGAUAAUUGACUGCUGUUCAAAAGAUGAUGCAGCUGAGUACCGCUUUGAAGCUGAAGGCCGUAAAUCAGAGGCAACACUUAAUAUUCAAGACCCACCAAAAAUUGACUCUGAUGCACUUGGAAAAUUCACUCAGCCAGUCAUUAUAAAGGCAGGUGAAAAUGCAGAAUGGAAGCUGCCCUUCUCAGGUGGGGAACCGAUGAAUAUACAGUGGUACAAGGACGACGACGAGCUUUUGCCCGCUCUCAAUGUGAAGAUUGACACAUCAGCUACAGAGAGCAAACUACGCCUCAUGAAGUGUCAAAGGAAAGAUAGCGGAGAGGUCAAAAUCAAAAUCAAAAACGAAUUUGGUACAAUGGAGGCAAUUUCCAAACUGAUUGUGUUGGACAAACCCACACCACCACAAGGACCUGUGGACAUUAUGGAAAGUGCUGUGACAUCUGUCGAGUUCAAAUGGAAGCCACCAAAAGACAGUGGCGGAUGCCCAAUCACACACUAUAUUAUAGACCGCCAACAAGUGGGGCGCAAUAAAUGGUUGAAUCUGGGUGAGAUCCCUGGCAGCAACCCAAGUUACAAAGAUUCAGAUGUGGACCCUGGAAGGAGAUACUGCUACCGGAUCAGAGCCAAGAACGCAGAAGGCAUCAGUGAUUACCUGCAGACAGAGGACAUACCAGCUGGUGUAUUACGUUAUCCAGGAUCCCCAACAGCACCUAAAGUUGUCAGUGCCUUUAAAGACUGCAUCAAUCUGACCUGGUGUCCUCCAUGUGACACUGGAGGAACCAAAAUAGUGGGAUACAAUUUGGAAAAGAACAAGAAAGGCACUAAUUACUGGAGCCUUGUGAACCACGGAGGGCCCAUUACAGACACAAAGUAUGCAGUGAAAGAUGUUUUUGAAGGGGCAGCAUAUGAAUUUAGGGUGUCGGCUAUCAACCUCUCUGGUGCUGGAGAUCCUAGUAUUCCAUGUGAAACAGUAGUCGCGAGAGAUCCAAUGAAACCCCCAGGCAAAGUCACAGACCUGAAGUUAACAUCCUCCAAUUACACCACAUUUUCACUGGCUUGGACUAAACCUAAAGAAAUGAAAGGGGUAGAGGAUGAAGCCCAAGGCUACUACGUUGAGAUCAGACCAAUAGAGAACCUUGAAUGGACCCGCUGUAAUGCCAUGCCAAUUACUCUAACUUCCUACACCGUGCUUGGCUUGAAGGCAAUGGCCACCUACUGGGUGAGAGUAAUUGCCACCAAUUACGGAGGUGAUGGAGAACCUCAAGGUUUUGACAAUUACAUCAUUGCCAUGCCUCCUCCUGUGAGGCCGAAGUUUAAAGAUCGCAACAUGAAGUCCUUCGUGGUGGUACGAUCUGGAAACACAGUCCGCCUGAACAUCAACUUUGAGGCCUCCCCCAUGCCAGAAAUUGUGUGGCUAAAAGAUGCUGUUCCUUUACCCAAACAUGUAACCAUUACCAACUCUGAUAAAGGCUCUCAGCUGCUGAUCCCCACAUCUGAGCGGUCUGACAGUGGCAUCUACACCAUUACUGUCAAGAACAUUGUCGGCCAGGAGAGCUUCAAUGUUGAAAUCAGAGUUACAGAUGAUCCCAGGCCUCCAGGUCCAGUGGAGCUGGAUCAGAACAUCCCAGGAACAGUUACUCUGUCCUGGACUCCCUCCCCAGAUGAGAAGAGGGACGACAGACUGCACUACAUGGUAUCCAAGCGGGACUCCUUCAAACGCAAUUGGAGGACAGUUGCAGACAAUCUCUUCAACAAUAAGUUCACAGUUGUCAAUAUUUUGCCCGGACGGGAGUAUAACUUCAGGGUCUUUGCUAAAAAUGACAUGGGUCUUUCACCACCCUCUGAAUCCCCUAUGUUUGGAACCCCAAAGGAAAAAGGAAAGUUCAAAGUAAACAUGCCAGAGGCAAAAUCCUUUAACUUCCAGUCACCUCCAUCGUUUAUCGUUCCCCUUAAGAUGCGCACAGCUCCACAGGGUUAUGAGUGCAACAUGAGCUGCGCAAUUAAGGGUGAUCCAGCUCCACGUGUGACAUGGUACUGCAACAAUAUCAAUCUGAACACAAACACCAACUACCACAUCACCAACGUAUGUGGAGUCUGCUCCUUGCUUAUACUGAGAGUGGGACCCAGAGACAACGGGGAAUACAAGGUCGUCAUUGACAACAAACUGGGGACAGCCGAGUCCUCAAUGACCCUCAACGUCAGAGAGUGAAGAGGAGCUGCAGCUGCUGGACAGAAGCUGAACCAAACCAACAGAGGUCUUACUGUGUUUUAAAUCAAUUGCACCUAAUUUAGAAGUUAAUCUAUUUCCCAAUAGCGUGAUGCAGCACUAUUUAAAGACUUAACUUAAGAAUGCUACAGAAAAUAUGCACAGAAAUGUUGUAUGCUGCUCUAUUAAACUUU